CAAGAUCUUCCUUCCUCAGUUCUCUUAAAUCACAGCCCGGGGAAACCUCCUCAGAGGCUCCGUGCAGCCACGCGCCAGCAUGUCUGGGGGCAAAUACGUAGACUCCGAGGGACAUCUCUACACUGUUCCCAUCCGGGAACAGGGCAACAUCUACAAGCCCAACAACAAGGCCAUGGCCGACGAGGUGAACGAGAAGCAAGUGUACGACGCGCACACCAAGGAGAUCGACCUGGUCAACCGCGACCCCAAGCAUCUCAACGACGACGUGGUCAAGAUCGACUUUGAAGAUGUGAUUGCAGAACCAGAAGGGACACACAGUUUCGACGGCAUCUGGAAGGCCAGCUUCACCACCUUCACUGUGACGAAAUACUGGUUUUACCGCCUACUGUCUACCAUCUUUGGCAUCCCAAUGGCACUCAUCUGGGGCAUUUACUUUGCCAUUCUCUCUUUCCUGCACAUCUGGGCAGUUGUGCCUUGCAUUAAGAGUUUCCUGAUUGAGAUUCAGUGCAUCAGCCGAGUCUAUUCCAUCUACGUCCACACCUUCUGUGAUCCACUCUUUGAAGCUAUUGGCAAAAUAUUCAGCAAUGUCCGCAUCAGUAUGCAGAAAGAAAUAUAAAUGACAUUUCAAGGGUAGAAAGUCCUGAUUCUUGUUUUUCUUUUUAAUUUUCUUGGUGCCAAUUCCAAGUCUCAAGUUGCUAAUACAGCAACAAUUUAUGAAUGAUGUAUCUUGGUUCAGAACAAAGAAAUCACUUUCUCAGUUUUCAUAACUAUUAUUUUCUCUUCUGAGCUAUUUCAUCUAUUUUUGGCAGGCUGAAUGUUUUAAAGCCAUUCCAAUGUUUUUUCCUUACAUUUUGAUUUGGAUGAGGAUCACUGUUUUGUUGGCUGGGAUAUGAACAUAUUAUUGACAGCUAACUUGAGAGAGAUAUGAAGAACUAAGGAAAGAAAAGAAAAAGAACACACAACUUUACUGCCUACUCCAAAAUGUUGAUUAUUUUAUAGAAAGGGGAGAAUUCCAGGCUACGGCCAUUGAGUGUACAGGUAUGUGGGCAGCUUUGAAGCAGAUCCUGCAACCCAACUGUCUGAGGAGUUAGUGAAUUACUGUGGGUCACUUUAGUGAUCCACUGGGGUCUAGUGAUCCUUACUGAGUUAGAAAAUAUAAUCCUCUGCAUUCACACUAUGUGACCAAUGCCUUACACUUCUCGAAAUUUUAAACUAUUAUACUUCCUGUGCCUGAAUAUUUGUUAAAUAUAUAACAAGACCUAAGUGCCUUCCUCUUUUUUCCAAUUGUCCUUUUCAAAUAGAACCUAAUUCUUCACUUUCAUUAGUUCUGCAGCCUCUGAAAACCAGAAUUAGAGAAUCCAUUCUCUAGUUCUCUGUGCCUGUUUGUACUGAAAUACAGAUGUGGCACAGCAUAGAUCUGCACUUGAUCAUGCAGCAUCUUUAUCCAUAUUGAGUAUGGGAGCCCUAGAAAGCAAAUUACAGUGGACAAAUGGGGCUGAGUCCUCUCUGGGCUGGCAGGGGUGGAAGCCAACGUUCCCUGCCUCUCAUCAGCUGAAUGUGGUCAGCAUGUCUAUUCAGCUCCGUUUAUUUUCAAGAAUAAUGACGCUUUCCUGAAUCCAAACUAAUCCAUCACCGGGGUGGUUUAGUGGCUCAACAUUGUGUUCCCUUUUCAGCUGAUCAGUGGGCCUCUAGGGAUGGGAUGUCAAAAUGGAGGCCAUUGUGUAAGACUGUCAGCGGUGUUGUAAAUGUGACCCUUCUAAGUAAAGCGCUUGCAGCCAUCUGUUAGGCUGGGACACUAGUCCCUCCCUCUCCCAGGAGCUUUGGCCCUCAUCCAAACGCCACUUUGCUCAGAAAGAAGAUGAGGAGAGGAGGCAGUAGCAAAAGAUUGAGCUAAUUUGCUGGAAUCAGUUCAAAUUCUUCUGAACUCAAGCUGAGGAAUUUCACCUGUAAACCUGAGUCAUGCAGAAAGCUGCCUGGUACAUCCAUAAGCUUUUUAUUUCUCCUGUUCAUAUUGUUAUUCUGCCCUUGGGGACUUUUUUAAACCUCCAGUUAUGCUUUCACUUGUAUUUUCAUACACUUAUUAGAACUUUGCUUGAUUUUUUUUUUUUUUGCCUCUUCCAAUCUUCCUGAACCUUUAAUUGCCAACCUGUUAUCUCCGAUAUUUCGCAUUUAAAACAGACACUGGCAUGGACAUAGUUUUACUUUUAAAUUGUGUACAUAACUGAAAAUGUACUAUAGUUUUUACGUGUAAAGAUAUUUUUAUCUUUAUAUGAUGAACAUCACUUGGGAAAUGGCUUUGUGAUUCAAUCUGUAAACUGUGUAUCCCAAGACAUGUCUGUUCUACAUAGAUGCUCAGUCCCCCAUGCAAAUCAAUUGCUGGUCCAAAAAACUGCUGAGAUUUUAUAUGCUUAAUGAUAUAUUUUACACUUUUUUAUCCUGCAUGUCCUAUAAAGGUUACAAAUUCUGCACAAUAAACAAUUAAAACUGUCAACUUCCAUUAUUUCCUCCUA